CCUUGCACGCUGUGGACGCAGCAGCAGCAGCAGUGGCGGUGGUGGGGGGGGGCAGAGGAGGCGCCUGCUGAGUUCACGGCCCUGCUGCUGCUGAUGAUGAUGAGGAGAGGCACUGCCAGAUUGUGGCUGAUGGGAUGAGUUACAUUUAGUUGUUUGUGUCUCUGGAGGGGCGGAUUUGUUGUCGUGGCAGAAAUGGCCUCGACUAGAGGCCGCGAUGUGGAGUGUUUGGUCUACUCUUCCACGCUGGGCGUGCCCGCACUUUACCCCGAUACACACGCGGGGCGUGAGCUCACUGGGCUUGCAAUGCAGAGGUGCAGCACAACAACAAGAAGCAGGAGGAGGAUGGUUUGUUUCCCAAGCCGAGCACUUCCGGGUCCACCUUCAUGAUCCUCCCUCUGCCCCGGGGGUGGGGGCGGGGAGAUCCCCUUGAACAGGGUUACGCUGCUACUUCCGUUAAGGCCGGGGCAAGUGGAGGCGGCGCUGUGCAUUGUGGGUGGCGAGAGGCUGAUUUGGAUUCCCUCUCACGGCCACCAUUGGUGGUUCGCGAGCUUCUGAAGUGGCGGCUCGCUGGCUGGGCCUCCUCUACGUCGACUCAGCCAGAAGAAUGUAAGAACCAAGCGCGGUGUGGACACAUCAGCAGUGGCGCUGGUGGGGGGGAGACAAAGGAGUCACCUGGCCUACAAGACCACGGAGUCUGAAGUCGAACCCAGGACCUGCUGUUUCCGGUCCCGCGCACAACCAGCACUGCACCACGUGAUGCGCCAGCCGGGCUCGUGGGGGGCGGAGCCUCGCGCUAGUGACGUCACCUCUGUUACGUCACAGCCACGCCUCCACCCACAGUGGAGAGGAAUGCACACGAGGGAGCAGCAGAAGAAGCCUUUUGAGAGCGAAUCCUCAACGAGGCCAUCCAACUUCAAACAAAAUCUACUCCUUCCCAACAACAUGGACAGACAAAUCACGUGGGCUGAGAUCUUGGAUGACUAUGAGGCCCGGGAGUCGGCGUGCCAGUCGACCACGUGGGGGGACGUUAUGGAUAAGGUGGACCCUUUCCCAGGCCAAAGUUACAAGAAUCGCUCACCAAAGAGGAUAAUUGGAGAGUUGAAGGACGUCAGCGGGGUGAAGCAUCUCCAGGAAAAGAACCUUGGCAAAGAAAGAUGCACCAUGGAAGAGGAGCGCCUCUUUGAGGUGCAGCGCAUUGCCAGGGCGAAGUGCCGCACAGAGGAGAAGUACUUCCGAGAUUAUCUCCUCAAGAAGCGCCUCAUUAAAGUGAAGUACUUCAUUGAUGAGAAGCAUCAUCGCGAGAUGAAGUGUGCUGAGGAGAAGAGUCUGGAGGAGGAGGAGAAGUGUCUCGACAACGUGAAACACGUCGAGGAGGAGAAGCGCCUUGAGCAGGAGCAGCGCUUCGCCAGCAUUGCUACCAUCACCACCACCGCUACGGGCCCGAUUGCUCCAAGCUUUGGAGAAGAGUGCUUCCAAGCAGAGAAGAUGGAGAAGAAGACAGAGGUGGAACAGGAACACGAAGAGGAGAAGGUGGAGGCAGUCCUCAUGGGGUGA